GAUCGGUUCGAAAUUCCUGGUGAACUAAGGCCAAAGUUCCAGAAUUUCGCCAUUCAGAUCCUCUGCUGGGGGGUUAGAAAUCUUAAGAGAUAUCAGUUUCUCUCCGUACGAAGACCUUUUCUGGAACUCAUCAUCGGUGACAUGGAGACUCGAACCGAUCCUAUUCCGAACGUAGUCAAAGAUCCGAACUUCGAAACUCCGCUUAUUACAUUUCCCAUGGUUUCGCUGCCCUCCGAUUUACAAUUCAGCCCACCGCUCGUGAUCAACUUAUACGACACAAGAGCCUUCAAAAGAACGCCUUUAGUAGGCGUCUGCUUCAUCACCAAUUUUAGCCGGUACACAAGAGUUCCAUCAAAAAAGAAGGAGGUGUCUGACAAGAACGACUGGACCAACUAUGACAAAAUCAUCGAGAAAGAAGACGCGGAGCUGGCCGCCACACCUCUGGUUCCAUCCUUGAGUGUAGAAGGAAUGCCGGUACUGGAUUGGUGGUGCAAGUACUACGCUUCACUCGGUCGUCCAGAAAAAGCGCCCGGAUUCGAG